AUGGCUAGAGAGGUUGGAAGGCGGCCGAGGGCGGGGUUGUUUCUUGCUUGCCCCUAGUGGUAGGAGGACUGGGUCCCAGGCACCACCUGUGAUCUUCCAAAGUUUUUCAGACUUCUGAUGCUGGGCCCAGCAUCCCCAAGGAGGGACCCAGAAGGAGGUGGAAUGGAGACCAGAGGAGCGAACGCGACAUGCUGGGAAAAUGCUCCCCCUCCCCGGCCCCCGCCUUUGGUUCUAGAAUCCCUAAUAUCCUGGCAACCGGGCUGCAGAACGUCCGCAGACACCAAGGGUUUUAUAGCGACGGUUUCAUUAUCCCGUUCUGAGGAAUUCCUGACCCAGAUCAGCACAGAACUUACUGAUGAGGCCUUGUUUACCGCUGGCUACGGCACGAACCCUGUACCCACCAAGGAUAAACAGACCCAAGACCGAGGGACUCAGAUAUCCAAACACGUGUUCUUCCAGACCCGAGGCACCGACACCCGUUCUGACAGAAACCGUACCCGCACCAAGACCCACCUCCUGCCGUCCCCUCGUGACAAGAACGUGCAUCAGAGCUCCUCUUUCACGAGUCAUUAACACUUCACUUUGCUGGGACUUCUGGUCAUGAGCAACAUACCCCUGGAAGCUUCCUAGGUGUUCAGGAACCAUCACACACCUCUCCCCCUCAACUGGCAAGAACAUCACCAGAAAUCAAAGGCUUUAAUAAAAAGACAGAGGUCCUUCCCUCCUCCCAACCCA